AUGACGAACGAAGAUACCUCGGGGUUCGAGGAGGAACGUUGGUACGAGGACGCCCUCGGUUACUGGUCUGCCACACCUGCCACCAUUAACGGCAUGCUCGGCGGCUACGGCUCGGUCACCAGUCUCGAGGCGAAAGGUUCCAUGGAGUUCAUUUCGGAAUACGUUCGUGGCAAGAGAGGUGCUCACAACGCACUCAAGGUUCCUCCCCGAAUCAGCACUCAAUACGCUUGCGAUUGUGGAGCUGGUAUCGGAAGAGUUUCAAAGCAUUUCUUGCUAAAGAUUUUCGACAAGGUCGAUUUGGUAGAGUACACGCCGAAAUUCAUUCAACACGCCGAGAGAACAUACCUGGCAAAGGAAAAGAGUCUCGGAAGGAUUGGAAAGUUCAUGUGCUUGGGCUUACAGGAAUUCACACCCGAAGAGGGAAAAUAUGAUUUGAUAUGGUGUCAAUGGGUUCUUGGACACCUGAAGGAUGAUGACCUGGAAGAGUUCUUCAAGAGGUGCAAGAAGGGCUUGAAGCCGAAUGGAAUGAUCGGUGUCAAAGAGAAUGUAUCCGUGUUUGGAUAUCGUUUCGAUAAGAACGAUAGCAGUGUCACCAGGUAUCAUAUCUAUCGGAAAGCUGGAUUAAGUUUACUCAAGGAGGCCACGCAACACGGAAUGCCAGAUGGAUUGUAUGAAGUAAAAAUGUACGCCUUGGAACCAAAGAUUACUGACACAACAUGA